GGUGGGUUUUUGGUGGUUUUUUGUUUUGUUUUGGGGUUUUUGGGGUAUUUUUUUGUUUUUUUCUUUCCCUAGACCACCCCACAGCUCUGGUUUUUCUUUCCCCACAGCCUGAAUCCCGGGGCCCUGCAGCCCAUCGGGAGGAGCAGGACGCAGCCACCAGCCUCAUCUCCUGCCCUGGGAGGGUCUUUUCACCCCAGAGCAAACACAUGUGGAAGGUCUGAGCCAUCUCCCACCUUCUCUGGGACACCAUGGACACGGAAGCCGUGCAGCCCCAGGAGGCUCCGCUGACGGUCAACGAGCAGGUUAUUGUCAUGUCCAGCCACGAAACCAUCCGGGUGCUGGAGGUCGGCGUGGACGCCCCGCUCCCGGCCGAGGAGGACCGGAAAGCCCCGGGGAUGCCACCAGGGGAGGUAGCACGGGGCUCCCCGGGAGAAACCACCCCCCCGGGCACAGAGGACAUCCCACCCAGCACCCAGAGCUCCUGCAGUGUGGAGACGGCCGGAAAAGCCAAAGUGGCCACCGGAGCGUCCCCCAGCACCGUCUCCCCCCUUGGCACCUUCGGCCACUCCACUAGCCAACAGCCCCAGACGGUGGCCACCCCCCUGGCCGUGCAGGCCACCCCACAGGUCUUGACUCAGGAAAACUUAGCAACAGUUGUGACAGGAGUAAUGGUUCCCGCAGGGACAGUUACUCAACCUCUUCUUAUCCCCAUCAGUAUUGCAGGUCAAGUGGCCGGUCAGCAGGGGCUGGCUGUGUGGACAUUUCCUACAGCAACCGUCGCUGCCCUCCCCGGAUUGACGGCUCCUUCUCCUACGGGGGGAAUUUUCAAACAGCCCAUAGCCAAUCUGCAAGGUAAACCCACCCCCCCCCCCCCCCACCACGGCUGCUCUUCGGCCUCGCAGCCUCCUCGAUUCAUCAUCCUCCUCCUCCCCCUUUUAUUUCCCCGUCCCUCGCCCUGGUGCGACUCGAUCUGUGCCCAGUCCAGGCUCCCCUUUUCCUGCAGGUCUGAAAUGGGCAGAAAUUUAAGGAAGGGGGGGUUGGUUUGUGGGAAAAAAGUGAUCGGGACCCUGCCGUGGGUGGUGAACUCCCCCGGGAUGGCAGCCACCAGCCCUGUCCCCGCCGCCCUGCCGGCCCAGAACCUGCAGGUCCAGACGGUGACACCCCAACUGCUGCUCAAUGCCCAGGGCCAGGUCAUCGCCACGUUGGCCAGCAGCACCAUCCCGGCAGCCACCAUCAAGAAAACUGCCACCCCCGACCCCCCCGCCAAGACCGAGGUCCAGCCCAUCCAGCCGGCCCCGGCGCUCUCCCAACCCACCGUGGUGGUGGCAAACCCUGCCCCAGUGGCCAAGGCAUCCCCCGCGCCCGUCCCCAUUACCUGCUCCGAGACCCCCACCGUCAGCCAACUGGUCUCCAGUGAGUCACGGGGGGGUGCGGAGGAGGACGGGAUAAACCUGGAGGAAAUCCGGGAAUUCGCCAAAAACUUCAAGAUCCGGCGUCUGUCCCUGGGGCUGACGCAGACGCAGGUGGGACAGGCCCUGACGGCCACCGAGGGACCUGCCUACAGCCAGUCGGCCAUCUGCAGGUUCGAGAAGUUGGACAUCACUCCCAAAAGCGCCCAGAAGCUGAAACCAGUGCUGGAGAAAUGGUUGAGCGAAGCGGAGCUGAGGAACCGGGAAGGGCAACAAAACCUGAUGGAAUUCGUGGGGGGAGAACCUUCCAAAAAAAGGAAACGCCGCACCUCCUUCACCCCCCAGGCCAUCGAGGCCCUCAACGCCUACUUCGAGAAGAACGCCCUCCCCACCGGCCAGGAGAUCACUGACAUCGCCAAGGAGCUCAACUACGACCGCGAAGUCGUCCGCGUCUGGUUCUGCAACCGCCGCCAGACCCUCAAAAACACCAGUAAACUCAACGUUUUCCAGAUCCCCUAAAAAUUGGACGGGGGGAGGAGGAAGAGGGAUUUUACCCCCUAAAAAUUUGGGGGAGGGUUUUACCCCCUAAAAAUUUGGGGGGGGGGGUUAUCCCCUAAAAGUUGGGGAGGGAUUUUGCUCCUAAAAAUUGAGGAGGAUUUAUAUCCCCUAAAAAUAUGGGGAAGAUUUUACCCCCUAAAAAUUGGGGGGGGAUUUUACCCCUUAAAAAUUGGGGAGGGGGAGGAUUUUGCUCCUAAAAAUUGAGGAGGAUUUAUAUCCCCUAAAAAUUUGGGGGGAUUUUACCCCCUAAAAAUGGGGGGUGGAUUUUACACCCUAAAUAUUUUGGGGAGAUUUUACCCCCUAAAAACGGGGGGUGGAUUUUACCCCCUAAAAAUGGGAGGCAGAUUUUACCCCCUAAAAAUUGGGAGCGGAUUUUUCCCCCUUAAAAUUUGGGGGAUAUCUUACCCCCUAAAAAUUUGGGGGGAGAUUGUACCCCCUAUAAAUGGAAGGCAGAUUUUUCCCCCUAAAAAUUUGGGUGAAUUUUACCCCCUAAAAAUUGGGAGGGGUAUUUUACCCCCUAAAAAUUUGGGGGAGAUUUUACCCCCUAAAAAUGGGGGGUGGAUUUUUCCCCCUAAAAAUAUGGGGGGGGGAGAUUUUACCCCCUAAAAAUUUGGGGGGGGAAAUUUCCCC